AUCGACAGCAAUCAUGACCGCUACCAGCUCUUCACCCGAGGUUCCUAAGAGACCCAAGGUCGCAUGGCANGGUAUCCUGAAGAACAACAGCUCGUACAUGGGCGAGAACCUCUCCCAAGGNCCCCCGUCGCCAACCAACACACAUUCCGCGUUCCACACCGACACUCCCAACCACCUCGACCGCCCCGCCAUGAACCGCGAAAUGUCCGAGAAAGAGGUUGUUCAGAUGAACACUGAAAUCAACGCCGGCGGCCGUCGCAACUCGUCGAAUCCUCGCAGCAACAUCUCGCGUCGCCAGUCGGCUGCUGAUGGAAGCCACGAAGCAGAGCACCCGUCGCCGAGGCUGAAGUGGGAUGAGGGUAACCUGUUCCUCAACGAGAGCCAGAUGGGUGGUAAGAUGAAGAUCGACGAACCAAAGACACCUUACGUUGGUCGCUACGACCCUGACGAGGACGAGGAGCCACAAAACAUCAAUCCUGAUGACUUGAUGGUCGACGAGCUCGACAAGGCCAAGGUGCUUGAAGGCGAUGGCUCUAGCAAGAGGAAGCCUCGUGAGGUUGAUAUCCCUGAUCUCGACCUUGGAGAGCCUGAGCAAGACACGCUUGAGCGCAGACACAGUGACUCGGAGAAGAGAGUCAUGGUCGACCCUGACCAAAUGGACAUUGACGGCGCAAGACACGGCGAGACACCCGAAAACAUUCCUCAGGAGGAGAGAGAGAAGCAUGAGAAGUUUGAGAACAUGAGGAAGAAGCACUACGAGAUGCACAACAUUAAGAACUUGCUUGGACAUGGUGCUGAGGAGCUUGAUGACGAG